GAGAGCUGUCAAUUCCCAAUUUCACCAUUUUCAUCCCCCCCAACUUUCAAUUCCGUUUUCUGGCAAAAUGCAAGACCUCCGGCAAAUGAGAGACCCGAGCGACGGUAUUAUUCGCGAAUUGGUAAGUUUGCGCUCGAUGCGCCAUCAUUGUAGAAUCUUGCGCUGACGACAACUGAACAGCAACCGCACGUCCAUCUUCUCUCAACCUAUCGAUUUCCCAAUCUUCAAUCCCUUCACCCCGACAAAGUAGCAGAAUGGCUGCUUGCUGCGCCAAAAAUCGCAAACAGUGAGGCUCCAUUCUACUGGACCUAUCUCGAUCGACCUGCUCCCGCUACGAUUCUUCUCACCUACCAGGCUCCCACGGUCGGCCUUGAAUUUCCCAGCGAUGGAUACAUUUGGGCUCCUGGCGAAACCUCCUUUCAAUUGGAGGUCGAAGGCGGAGUAAGUUCAAUCGCGAUCCAGCUUUGAGCAUGCUGUUGCGCCAAUACUUUUCAAAAUGCGACCACUGACGCAUUCCAGACGCUUGAAUUAUACCAUGCAAAAACAGGCUAUGCCAUAGGUGAACCUCAAGCAACCCACAGCCGUCGUCGAUAUCGUCUUGUCCCCUCCCACCGAAUGCCACCAAGACAAGGCGCUCCUUCGCCAAACCCAUCUCUUUGGAUCGUUCAUUAUGGCCACGCGGAACCCAAUGAUCGAGUACCCUCCAACAUGAUCCCAAUGGACCCACGAACCUCAAAUUCCAUCAGUACCCGUGCAUAUCUUCAAUCACAAGGGCAGAUUGUGCAGAAGGAGUUCAUGCUUCAGGAUCGUGCAAGUUGGCCACAAAUCGCUUUCCCAAGGAACCAACCUCGUGGAGCACCGAUGUAUGGUCAUGCUCCUCCAACGAGAGUCCCGCAGGCAAUGGCAUACCCUCCCCAGCAUGCGGCUGCAGGCCCACCCGCAAAGCGCGUUCGAACCCAGGCAGCUGUCAACCAAGCAGUAACAGGAAGUGCUGGUGUCGCUGUUCUUGAUAUUGAUGACGAAGAAGAUACUUCGCGCGGGGAUCUCUUUGAUCACACUACGCCUCGUGAAAUCAGCGUGAGCCGGUACAAGCAAAACCAUGAAUGGAUGGAAGAAGUGUUAUCUUCCCCGUAUUCUAUGAAUCAGCUUCUUCCUGCAGACCUUGGACUUGGUUUCCGCGGACAAUUGGCCAAAUUGACGGAAGGCAUCUUCGAUGCGCCACUCGACCCAGAUAAUGAUGCCAUCAAAAAUGAGUAUAUUGGUCGAUUAGAUCCUACAAAGGCAGAUGAAUUCAGACAAAGAGUGCAGGAGCAUGUUGAGCAAUCCAACAAGGAGAUUGAGAAAAUGAAGGCGAAGCAUGCGAAACGGCUCGCAAAGUUUCAGCGUGGUUCCGUAGUUAGUCGCGCAGAAAAAGAGCUUCGAAAUGCUGUCCAUGAACCUACCGAUGUCGGUCCAGAGUACUGGCGUCUCGAAGGGCGAGUUGAUACAGAAGAAAACGAAGAGGAAGAGGUUACACCCGAGACCCCUUCCAAGGUUUCUGAUAUUCUUGACAAAGUUGAGGCUGCUUUGGGCCGACGUGCUGCCGUUGUUAAGGACCUUGUGCGUAUCCAAGACGGUGGUUAUGAGCAACCAGUUGCAGUGCCUAGCCCUCUCCCACCUCCAGUUCCAAGUCCUCGGGCCUCUCCACCUGCCUCCAAUACUGGGUCCCAAAACAGCGGGGUUUUGGUCGGUGAUGCUGAUAUCGAGAUGGGCGGCUCUGCGGCAGGUUUGCUUGACCAAUUUCACGCUGGACUAUCAUCUCAUGCCACCCCGGGAAGCGGAAGCGGAUUUCCUACGCCUCAACCUUAUCUACAACCUCAAUCAGCAGCCGGUACUCCUGUUCACAUUCCUGCAGCGUCUCCUCAACCACCUGGAAAUACCCUAUUGCAGCAGAAUACGCAGAAUGAUACCAAUAUGACGGAUGUGGGAACUUCAAAUGAACAAACUGUUCCUGAUGCCAGUGGUACAGGUGGAGAUUGGGUAGUGGUUCCUCCAGGUGGUGUUUCGCCAACAGGUGCCUCUGCUCCAACAGCGCAGGCGGGUGCAGCACCUCAACCCAGUGCGCUGGCAUCAAUUGUACCUCCAGCUACCACUUCGGCGCCCAUUACAGCCAAUCCUUCACCACUACCAACGGCUUCUUCCAAUCAAACUCCCGUAGCAGACUUCCAUACUUCACCAAAUGACUUUGCUGAUCUAGGAGAUUUGGAUUCGGCCGGUGAUGCACUUGCUACUUACAACGCAGAUCUCGGAGGCAAUAGUAAUGACCUUGGUGAUCUUGCGAUGGAUAUGGAUGGCGGAAUGGAAGAUUCGGCGUUUGGUGAGGCCUUUCACGGCGUUGAGCCUCGAACUGAGGGAGAUAAUGAAGGCAACGGAUUGUGAAGAGGACGAGAAUUUGACGUAUACUGAGACACUCUGAUCUGAAUUCAGGUAUCGAAAAUCAGGAGUCAUGAAAUGGGGGGGAGCAGGUUGUAUGAUAAUGAUAGGAUGUUUCUUUAUUAUCCCGUUCCUCUUGGAUGCGGGAAUUGUUUAGAUAGUGAGCCG